AAUCGAAAAUCCCACUCUUUUUUUUUGAGGCAGAGUUUGUAGAAGAAUCCAUGGCUUCCUGCAGCACUUUCACCCCCGGCAUUCCGUCUUGCCGCAAUUUCAUGAGAACACUCCGUCCAUCGUCGCCGUCAUGGAGGAAGAGCAGAGUUGUUACUGCAAAACUUGCUCAGAAGAACGCAAUGCAGUACAGAAAACUCGGAGACUCUGAUCUUAAUAUCAGCGAAAUUACUAUCGGAACCAUGACAUUUGGAGAACAGAAUACAGAAAAGGAGGCUCAUGAAAUACUUAGUUAUGCAUUUGAUCAAGGAAUUAAUAUUAUUGAUACCGCUGAGGCUUAUCCUGUCCCAAUGAGAAAGGAGACUCAAGGAACGACGGAUCUCUAUAUCAGUAGCUGGAUGAAGUCCCAACCCCGUGAUAAGGUGAUUCUGGCUACAAAAGUUUGUGGUUAUUCAGAAAGAUCAAGUUACAUACGUGAAAAUGCGAAGGUUUUGCGAGUAGAUGCCGCAAAUAUUCGAGAAAGUGUAGAAAAAAGUUUGAAACGUCUUAAUACUGAUUACAUUGAUUUACUCCAAAUACAUUGGCCAGACAGAUAUGUUCCAUUGUUCGGCGAAUUCUUUUAUGAAACUUCAAAAUGGAGGCCAAGUGUGCCUUUCGUUGAGCAGCUUAGAGCCUUUCAGGAACUCAUCGAUGAAGGAAAGGUGCGCUACAUUGGUGUUUCCAAUGAAACUUCAUAUGGAGUAAUGGAGUUUGUUCAUGCUGCAAAAGUUGAAGGAUUGCCGAAGAUUGUCAGCAUUCAGAAUAGUUACAGUCUGCUGGUUAGGUGCCACUUUGAGGUUGAUCUUGUUGAAGUAUGCCACCCAAACAACUGUAACAUUGGCUUACUUUCCUAUUCUCCACUGGCUGGUGGGACCUUAUCGGGGAAGUAUUUGGACAAUAAUUCUGAAGCUGCUAAAAAAGGAAGACUUAACCUGUUCCCAGGCUACAUGGAAAGAUACAAUAAAUCCCUUGCCAAGGAAGCAACUAAAAAGUAUGAAGAAGUGGCCAAGAAGCAUGGUCUAACUCUAGUUGAGUUAGCCCUAGGAUUUGCCCGAGACCGUCCCUUUAUGACAAGUUCAAUUAUAGGCGCAACUUCGGUGGAUCAAUUAAAAGAAGAUAUUGAUGCUUUUUUGACAACUGAGAGACCUUUGCCACCUCAAGUAAUGGAUGAUAUUGAAGACAUUUUCAAGAGAUACAGAGAUCCUGCUUCAAGAUAGCCUGCCAAUUUCACUUUGUCAAAAAUUGUUCUCACUAUUGCAGAACUUGAUUUGAAUUUCUUGGGAGGGCUGGGAUGUUAAGAAAACAUCCGAAUUUACCACAAGAUGCCACCUUUUGUUUAUGCCUAUCUAUGGUGUACUGGGGGUAGUGUCAUCUUUGUCACAUGCUUCUCUCCAGUAGCAGCCUGCAUUGAGAAGCAAUGUAAAUCAUUUGGCCAAUCUGUUAUUCUUAUAGUCAUAGUCUAUCGAUAUCAACAUAUUGAUCAUAUUAGGUAUUUUCUUUUAUGGUUCA